AUGGCCGUGGGCUCUGAAACACUGAUUUUGGUACUAAUAGACUUCUUUCAUCUAUCAAAUCAGCAAUGGCAUAAAAGAUUAUCAAUUUUGCAGUUACUUAUAAAAAAGAUGUUUUCCCAAAGUAAUAAUGUUAGUGGAGGAAGUAGGACAAACAAUAAUGAUAUGCCUUUGACGGAUAAAUAUACAAGUGGAACGGGAAGUACUGAUAAUGAUUAUCCUCUUAAGGCUUAUGCAACGACUUUGCAAAAUAGGAAUGAAGGAAAGGGAAAUAAUGCAACUUGGAGGUGCAACUAUUGCAAUGUAACCUUUAAAGGUUCUUAUUUUAGAAUAAGAAUUCAUUUAUUGAAAGAAAAGGGAAAUGGAAUAAUUUGUUGUUCGAAAGUGACCAAUGAAUAUUUGGUUGAGAUGAAAGAACUUGAUAUGAUUGCUACUGACAAAGCAAGACAAGCAAAGCUCGUACAAGUUCCUUUUCCAAAUGGAACUACAAGUUUGAAUCCGCCUAUUGAUAUGAGUAAGAAAAGAAGAGGAAGUGAUAGAACUUUAGCAAAGACAUUUAAUAAUGAGGCUAGAGAUCAUCUAUCAUCUGAAAUAGCUAGACUAUUUUAUUCUGUUGGUUUGUCAUUCAAUGUAGCUAGAAAUCCUUACUUUAUCAGUGCAUUCACUUAUGCAGCAAACAAUUCUAUAUAUAGCUACCUUCCUCCAAGUUAUAAUUCCAUAAGGACUACAAUGUUGCAAAGAGAGAAAGCCAACAUAUUAAAACUACUCCAACCAAUUAAAGAUACUUGGCCAGAAAAAGGUGUGAGCAUAGUUACAGAUGGUUGGACAGAUGCCCAAAGAAGACCAUUGAUUAACUUUAUGGAAAUUUUGAGUUCUGGACCAAUGUUCUUGAAGGUUAUUGAUGGGACAGGAGAGUACAAAGAUAAACACUAUAUUGCUACUCUAAUUUUGCAUACAAUUAAAGAGGUUGGAGCAGAAAAUGAUGUUCAAAUCAUUAUUGAUAAUGCCCUUGUUUGCAAGGCUGCUGGUUUAAUUGUCGAAGGAACAUAUCCUCAUAUAUUUUGGACACCAUGUGUAGUGCACACAUUGAAUCUAGCUCUAAAAAUUAUUGGUAUGCUUAAGAGGUUGAAAACCAUUAAGAAUGGUCUCUUAACUUUGGUAAUUAGUGAACAAUGGUCUGAAUAUAGAGAAGAUGAUGUUCAAAAGGCGGACUUUGUGAAAGAAACUAUUUUAAAUGAUCAAUGGUGGGAUAAAGUUGAUUAUAUUCUAAGAUUUACAAAGCCUAUCUAUGAUAUGCUUCGUUCUUGUGAUAUCGAUGAGUCAAACCUUCAUUUGGUUUAUGAGAAAUGGACUAAAAGUCACACACCUCUUCAUUGCUUGGCUCAUUCUCUCAAUCCAAGACAAUGGCUUGAUCAAUCUCCAAAUCGAGUUGCCCCACAUAGAGACAAUGAGAUUUGCACCGGAAGAAAAAAAUGCAUAAGGAGUUACUUUGUAGAUGAAUAUGAAAGGCUAAAGGCAACUACUGAAUUUGUUAAGUUCUCAAGUGGUGAAGGUGAACUCAGUCUAUUUGAUUCAUUACAAGAUAGGUGGAACUUGACACCAAAGGAAUGGUGGGUCACUUAUGGAUCAGCAGUCCCUAAAGUUCAAUCCAUCGCAUUGAAACUCCUUUCACAACCAUGUUCUUCUUCUUGUGCUGAGAGAAAUUGGAGCACAUAUUCAUUUAUCCACUCAAUGAAAAGAAAUAGGCUAAAUCCAAAGAGAGUUGAAGAUUUAGUUUUUGUUCAUACAAAUCUUCGGCUUCUUUCGAGAAAGAGUAAGAAUUAUAAUGAAGGAGAAACAAAAAUGUGGGAUAUUGGUGGAGAUGAAUGGAGUCUCUCUGAUGGGGCUGAUAUUCUUGAAGUUGCAAGUCUCUCUCUUGAUGAACCAAACAUGGAAGCUAUUCUUUUUACAGAAGACGAGGAAGGAAAUAGUGACAUUGACACUGUUAGAGUGUGA